CGGGGACAGACGGACGUUGGGAUGCGUGCGUUCCCAUUUCCGGGUCUGUUUGCGGACGGUGAUCCAUUGGGAUCCAUCCGUUCCCAUUUCUGGGUCCAUACGGGGAUGUCCACCCCUUGGGAUCCAUCCGUUCCCGUUUCCGGGUCUGUCUUGGGACACUGAUCCACUGGGAUCCCUCUGUUCCCAUUUCCAUGUCCAUAUGGGGACGUCCACCCACUGGGAUCCAUCUGUUCCCAUUUCUGGGUCUGUUUGUGGACACUGAUCCAUUAGGAUCCAUCCGUUCCCAUUUCCGGGUCUGUUUGGGGAUGCUGAUCCAUUGGGAUCCAUCCGUUCCCAUUUCCGGGUCUGUUUCCGGAGACUGAUCCACUGGGAUCCAUGAGUUCCCAUUUCCGGGUCUUUCUUGGGACGCUGAUCCAUUGGGAUCCAUCCGUUCCCAUUUUGGGGUCUCUAUGGGGACGUCCGCCCACUGGGAUCCAUCCGUUCUCAUUUCCGGGUCUGUCUUGGGACACUGAUCCAUUGGGAUCCAUCCGUUCCCAUUUCCGGGUCUGUUUGGGGACGGUGAUCCAUUGGGAUCCAUCCGUUCCCAUUUCUGGGUCCAUACGGGGACGUCCACCCAUUGGGAUCCAUCUGUUCCCAGUUUUGUGUUCAUAUGGGGACAUCCACCCAUUGGGAUCCAUCCGUUCCCGUUUCUGGGUCUGUUUGUGGACGCUGAUCCAUUGGGAUCCAUCCGUUUUCGGGUCUGUCUGGGGACGUCCACCCAUUGGGAUCCAUCCGUUCCCAUUUCCAUGUCCGUAUGGGGACACUGAUCCACUGGGAUCCAUCCAUUCCCAGUUUCGUGUCCAUAUGGGGACACUGAUCCACUGGGAUCCAUCCAUUCCCAGUUUUGUGUCCGUAUGGGGACGUCCACCCACUGGGAUCCAUCCGUUCCCAUUUCCGGGUCUGUUUAUGGACACUGAUCCACUGGGAUCCAUCCGUUCCCAUUUUCAGGUCCAUAUGGGGACAUUGAUUCAAUGGGAUCCAUCUGUUCCUAUUUCUGGGUCCAUAUGGGGACGUUCACCCAUUGGGAACCAUACAUCCCCAUUUCCGGGUCUGUUUAUGGACAUUGAUCCAUUGGGAUCCAUCUGUUCCCAUUUCCGGGUCUGUCUUGGGACACUGAUCCACUGGGAACCAUCAGUUCCCAUUUUGGGGUCUCUAUGGGGACAUCCACCCACUGGGAUCCAUGUGUUCCCAUUUCUGGGUCUGUUUGCAGGCAUUGAUCCACUGGGAUCCAUCCGUUUCCGUUGAUGGGUCCAUAUGGGGACAUUCACCCACUGGGAUCCAUCCAUUCCCAUUUCCAGGUCUGUUUGUGGACGCUGAUCCAUUGGGAUCCAUCCGUUCCCAUUUCCGCGUCUGUAUGGGGACACUGAUCCAAUGGGAUCCAUCCAUUCCCAUUUCCGGGUCUGUCUUGGGACACUGAUCCAUUGGGAUCCAUCUGUUCCCAUUUCCGCGUCUGUAUGGGGACGUCCACCCACUGGGAUCCAUCCGUUCCCAUUUCCAGGUCUGUCUUGGGACACUGAUCCACUGGGAUCCAUCCGUUCCCCUUUUGGGGUCUCUAUGGGGACGUCCACGCAGUGGGAUCCAUCCAUUCCCGUUUCCGGGUCUGUUUGUGGACACUGAUCCAAUGGGAUCCAUCCAUUCCCAUUUCCAGGUCUGUUUGUGGACGCUGAUCCAUUGGGAUCCAUCCGUUCCCAUUUCCGGGUCCAUAUGGGGACACUGAUCCACUGGGAUCCAUCCAUUCCCAUCUUCAGGUCUAUAUGGGGACAUCCACCCAUUGGGAUCCAUCCGUUCCCAUUUC